AUGAUAAUUACUUCACUAGAUGAUGAAUUUGUCUCUUCGCUGGAUGAUGAUGAAGAUGAUGUUGUUUCUUCACUAGAUGAUGAUGAUGAAGAUGAUGAUGUUUCUUCACUUGACGAUGAUGAUGUUGUUGCCUCUUCACUAGAUGAUGAUGAAGAUGAUGUUGUCUCUUCACUUGACGAUGAUGAUGAAGAUGUUUCUUCACUGGACGAUGAUGAUGAAGAUGAAGAUGUUGUUGUCUCGUCACUAGAUGAUGAUGAAGAUGAUGUUGUCUCUUCACUUGACGAUGAUGAUGAAGAUGAAGAUGUUGUUGUCUCGUCACUAGAUGAUGAUGAAGAUGAUGUUGUCUCUUCACUAGAUGAUGAAGAUGAAGAUGUUGUUGUUUCUUCACUUGACGAUGAUGAUGAUGUUGUUGUUUCUUCACUAGAUGAUGAUGAAGAUGAAGAUGUUGUUGUCUCGUCACUAGAUGAUGAUGAUGUUGUUGUUUCUUCACUAGAUGAUGAUGAUGAAGAUGAUGAUGUUUCUUCACUAGAUGAUGAUGAUGAAGAUGUUGUUGUCUCGUCACUAGAUGAUGAUGAUGAAGAUGUUUCUUCACUUGACGAUGAUGAUGAUGUUGUUGCCUCUUCACUAGAUGAUGAUGAAGAUGAUGAUGUUUCUUCACCUGACGAUGAUGAUAAAGAUGAAGAUGUUGUUGUCUCUUCACUAGAUGAUGAUGAAGAUGAUGUUGUUUCUUCACUAGAUGACGAUGAUGAAGAUGAAGAUGUUAUUGCCUCUUCACUAGAUGAUGAUGAAGAUGAUGUUGUCUCGUCACUUGACGAUGAUGAUGAAGAUGAAGAUGUUGUUGUCUCGUCACUAGAUGAUGAUGAAGAUGAUGAUGUUUCUUCACUAGAUGAUGAUGAUGAAGAUGUUGUUGUCUCUUCACUAGAUGAUGAUGAAGAUGAAGAUGUUGUUGUCUCUUCACUAGAUGAUGAUGAAGAUGAUGAUGUUUCUUCACUUGACGAUGAUGAUGUUGUUUCUUCACUAGAUGACGAUGAUGAAGAUGAAGAUGUUGUUGCCUCUUCACUAGAUGAUGAUGAAGAUGAUGUUGUUUCUUCACUAGAUGAUGAUGAUGAAGAUGAUGUUGUCUCUUCACUAGAUGAUGAUGAAGAUGAUGAUGUUGUUGUCUCUUCACUAGAUGAUGAUGAAGAUGAUGAUGUUUCUUCACUUGACGAUGAUGAUGAAGAUGAUGAUGUUUCUUCACUUGACGAUGAUGAUAAAGAUGAAGAUGUUGUUGUCUCGUCACUAGAUGAUGAUGAAGAUGAUGUUGUUUCUUCACUAGAUGACGAUGAUGAAGAUGAUGAUGUUUCUUCACUGGACGAUGAUGAUGAAGAUGAAGAUGUUGUUGUCUCGUCACUAGAUGAUGAUGAUGUUGUUGUUUCUUCACUAGAUGAUGAUGAAGAUGAUGAUGUUUCUUCACUAGAUGAUGAUGAUGAAGAUGUUGUUGUCUCGUCACUAGAUGAUGAUGAUGAAGAUGUUUCUUCACUUGACGAUGAUGAUGAUGUUGUUGCCUCUUCACUAGAUGAUGAUGAAGAUGAUGAUGUUUCUUCACCUGACGAUGAUGAUAAGAUGAAGAUGUUGUGUGUCUCUUCACUAGAUGAUGAUGAAGAUGAUGUUGUUUCUUCACUAGAUGACGAUGAUGAAGAUGAAGAUGUUAUUGCCUUUCACUAG